AUGAGCUGUUGGAGUGUGAGCAAGAAACUGGAGGAAGAAAUGUCAUUCUCUACAACUGUGGGUAAGGUUCGGAGGCGUUUCUGCGAGAUGACUGAACAAUUUUUGUUAAUGGAACAUCAUAAUGCUCAACCUGGGACUAUACAUAGAGAAAGCAGACACCACGAGAUGCUAACUAAGAUCUACAGCAUCUAUAAUUGUUGGCCUCAUGAGAGAUAUGUUGUUAAACAAGAAAAACCGAAGAUCACUAGAAAUCGGCAAGUCCAUUCGCAGUUGAGUUGGAAUGAUGAUGAAUCACGCACACUGCUCGAGCUGUAUCCACAAGUAUUGGUUGCCCAUCAUAGUAAUGGAGAUGAUCAGCCUAUUGAAGAAUUCUGGAUACAACUGGCAAAAGCAUACCUGAAUGCCCGGAAUGUCAGAAAACGAUGCUCUGAGAUUGAGAAUCACAUUGCACUGUUACGUCGAGGGUUCCAGUCUCAGAAUCCAUUUCCUUUCGUAGUAGAGAUGCAGCUUUUGGAAGAAACUGAGUCUACUCUUGGUUUUACUCCUGAUCCAUUGCCAGUGGACACUGAUCAACUGGUUCCAUACUGGAGCCAUAGAGCAGCACAUCUCCUCCUGGAUUUUUUAAUGCACUAUCGUCUGGGAGGCAUUGAGACAUGUAAAGUUUAUGAGAAGAUCAGUCGAGACCUUGCUAACUGUGGUUACAGAUUUACUGGGGUAGAGUGUCGCAAUUACCACUUGUUAUUGAGACGGCUUUACAAGGAAAGGAAGAAGACCAGACGGAAUGGAGAACCUUACAAGACUUUCCCUUACACGGAAAAAAUGGCUAAACUAAUUUCUACUCGUUCACGGCCAAAAAUUGCAGCAUAUGGUAAGGCUUACUGGAAUGAAGAAAAUCUCCUAACAAUGCUAAAUACUGUUAAAGAAUAUCGGCUUCUCUGUCAUGAUAGUGCAGAGCUGGAGAGGGUACUCAGUAGUGAUGAGUUGUGGAAUGAAGUAGCAUCAAGACAAAAUGCCAGUCACAAACUUCAUCCAAGUAAAUGUCUUCAACACUUUUCCUUGACCCUCAGCCAGUACCUCUGGGGCGGCGAGUGUGGCCACACCAGACCCUCGGUCAAGCACAUCUGGGGUGGCCAGUGUCACUACCCAGAGACAACUAGGCAAGCAGAAAUUAUCAUUUUCUGUAUUUUAGUGAAGAGAGUGAAAAUAAACAAUCCCUACUGCUAUAUAAAGGAUAACACAGAUGUUGCAGAAUCAUCACGGCUGUGCAGGUGGAAAGCUACAACUGUGGCUGAAAUGUACUUAUUCCUUGGCACUGUCAUGCCUCAUAUGUAUAAGCACAAUAUAGCACAGUAUUGGUCCACAGAUCCAUAG